UAUCCUCCUGUCCAAAAGAAGAUUAUUCAGACAAUGAUGGUAUGACUGGACUGGAUAAGGGUUUUGGAUAAAAGCCGUGCCCCAAUAAAUAUUUCCCGGUGUUAAAUAUUUGGUGUUUUCACGGAUUAAAUCUCCACCAAAAGAUCUGCAUGUAACUGCAGAGUUAGUAGAUGGAAUUGUUGGAACAUUUAAAUCAUUUCAACAUUUGAAGUUUUACACGUCAGAAUCCAGUUUUUACAUACAAAUUCAUGUAUCUGUUAUAAAAAGGGUGUGRUGCUUUGCUUGUUGGAUCGAUUCCCCUGCUUGACACAGACUUUGGUUGGACCACACUUUAUGAUUCCUGCCACAAGUGCAGUACCUGAGGUUUAGCMUGUAUGUACAGUAUUUGCUUUGUCACAACAACACCUGGUUUCGACCUACAUUUGGCCUGUAUUUCUCCUGUAUCCAAGCAUUCAAAUACAUGCAAAACAUGAAACAGGGAUCAUACCACAACCCACUCAACCCCAGGACCUGAGAAAGACACAGAUCCAGAGAUCCAUUGGCAAACUUUGCAGACGUUUCCCCUUAUUUACCCCUUUCUUCCCAGUCUGCCCAGUGUGACAGUAGGAAUAAAUCACCCUUGUCCAAUUUCCUGGACUCUUCCUAAUAUGGGCGUCAAUUAGAGGAAGAGUACUACUGUGGCCGCAGCUUUGCAGCCUGCGAACCGGGCUGCACAAUGCAUUAGCCCACGAUGAGCUGUCAAAAAGGAUUAUUUCAGCUACGCCAGUCAGCAAAAGRGGUGUGUGCCGCUCUACUGCACUACAUCUGAGGAGAGAAAGAGAGGGGCGGGAGUGAAAAACAGAGAGAGAGCGAGAGAGAAAUAGAGAGGGAGAAAAAAGCUACCCAGAUAGAGAGGAGAGAGGGAGAAAUAGUGAGAAGAAGAGAAGUGUCCAUUUAACACACAUAAGAAGGUGGAUUUUUCUGGAAGAGCACCGUGCGAUGUUGGAACACUCGUCGGAGCUAGCCCUGGUGCAGAGCUUAUACGUCAACAGCAUGCGCUGUCCCCCCUCUGCCUCCGCCGCCGGUGUCCCCGUCAGGAAUGAGGACCUAGGAUCUCUGAGCAACGGCAGCAACAGCAGCAAGAUGAAUGGUUCUAUGGAGAACCUGGAUACCCCUGACCAUGACUCCAUCAAGAUGUUCGUUGGCCAGAUCCCCCGCUCCUGGACGGAAACCGAGCUCAAGGAGCUGUUCGAGCCCUACGGGGCCGUGCACCAGAUCAACAUCCUCCGAGACCGCACUGCCACACCCCCCCAAAGCAAAGGCUGCUGUUUUGUAACGUUUUAUACCAGAAAAGCCGCCCUGGAGGCCCAGAAUGCAUUGCACAACAUAAAGACCUUAACAGGGAUGCAUCAUCCCAUCCAGAUGAAACCCGCUGACAGCGAGAAAACAAACGCUGUGGAAGACCGAAAGCUCUUCAUUGGAAUGGUGACAAAGAAAUACGGCGAGAACGAGGUCCGGAUGAUGUUCUCUGCUUUCGGACAGAUAGAGGAAUGCCGAAUUCUCAGAGGACCUGACGGUCUGAGCAGAGGCUGUGCGUUUAUCACAUUUUCUACCAGGGCUCAGGCCGCGAAUGCAAUCAAAACCAUGCAUCACUCUCAGACUAUGGAGGGCUGCUCCUCUCCCAUGGUGUGUAAGUUUGCGGACACUCAGAGGGACAAAGAGCAGCGGCGCCUGCAGCAGCAGAUGGCCCAACAGAUGCAGCAGCUCAACAGCGCCUCCACCUGGGGAAACCUGGCAGGGCUGGGAGGCCUCACCCCACAGUACUUGGCAUUGCUCCAACAGGCGACAUCUACCGGUAACCAGAGUAAUUUUGGUGGCAUGCAGAGGCUAGGAGGUGUGAACCAGCUGCAGCUGCAGAACCUGGCCACGUUAGCUGCUGCUGCCUCUGCAGCCCAGAACUCAGGCGGCGGCUCCAACGCCCUGUCAGCCAACGGAGCUCUAGGUAAUCUCUACAACUCAGCAGCAGGCCAGACGGCAGGCUCCAGCGCUGGUGCAGCCAUGAACACCCUGGCCUCUCUGGGCCUGACCCAGGGCCUCGGCGGGGGCCUGACGGGGGCCUCCAUGGGUCUCAACAACCUCAACGCCCUCACUGGGGGUGUCAGCGGUGAGUACUCCAACCCGUUAGGAAUGGCGGCUAUGAACGGAGGACUGGGGGCCUCGAUGGCGAACGGCUCGGCGGCGAGUUCCAUGGACGCACUGACUCAGGCCUACUCAGGGAUGCAGCAGUACACGGCCUCCGCCCUGCCGUCCCUCUACAGCCAGUCCCUACUGCAGGGAGCAGCCGGCGGGAGCCAGAAGGAGGCCGGGAGCCAGAGGGAGGGUCCUGAGGGAGCCAACCUGUUCAUUUACCACCUGCCCCAGGAGUUUGGAGACCAGGAUGUCCUUCAGAUGUUCAUGCCUUUUGGAAGUGUCGUCUCUGCCAAAGUCUUCAUCGACAAACAGACCAAUCUGAGCAAGUGCUUCGGGUUUGUCAGCUACGACAAUCCGGUGUCGGCACAGGCCGCCAUCCAGGCCAUGAACGGCUUCCAGAUCGGCAUGAAGAGGCUCAAGGUGCAGCUGAAGCGCUCUAAGAACGACAGCAAACCCUACUGAUCUUACCCAGGGCAGGGGCCUUUUCCCCCAGGCUCUAUGUUAGCAUUACAAGG